UACAUCUCCAAGCACGGCCAUGUCUCUCACCCACGCACUCAUAGCAAGGGGCACCACCGUCCUCGUAGAACACGCCACCAGCUCAGCAGAGCUCAAGCCAGGUCAGCCAGCCUUCCAUCUCUUCCUUUAACCCGGCUCACUCCCCUCAGCCGCCCAGAUCACUAUCCUCUCAAAGAUUCCCCCAAACAACUCCAAGCUUACAUAUGUCUGGCAAGACCGCUUGAUCCACUAUGUUUCGUCUAACGGCGUAGUCUACCUUGUCAUGGCCGACGACUCUGUAGGGAGGAGGAUGCCUUUCGCUUUCCUUGCAGACCUCGAGAGAAGGUUCACAGCUCAAUACGACAGCGACGACAUCGUUUCAGCUGGGGCCCACUCCGCCGAGGACUUUGAGUCUGAAUUGAGCAAGCUCAUGCAUCAGUACACUACUGCUCCGCCCGCUGAUCCUCUCCGUCAAGCCCAGUCCGAUCUUAACAACGUUAAGGACAUCAUGGUCCAGAACAUUGAUUCCAUACUUCAACGCGGAGAACGUUUGGAUUUGCUGGUAGACAAGACAGAUACGUUGGCUGGACAAGCGUAUGCUUUCAGGAGAGGAGCGAGGGCGGUGAGGAGACAGCAGUGGUGGAAGAAUAUCAGGAUCAUGGUUUUGACGGGUGUCGUUGGUUUCUUGAUAUUGUAUCUGCUCAUCGCGCAAUUCUGCGGAAUCUCCUUGAGCCACUGUCGCAGCUGAUCACCUCUAUCCCUUAUGCCUCACUCUGUUGUAUGAAUUCUUUGUCCACC